AUGACGGGCUACUUGCGCAACGGAUACUGUGAGGUGCCUGCAUCGGAUGCUGGAAACCACUCUAUUGCCGCAGAGGUGUCAGACGAAUUCCUCAAGUUCAGUGCCGAUCGUGGCAACGACCUCCGCCAGAUUGGACUCAAGGGAGGCUGUAAAUGGUGUCUCUGUGUGUCUCGCUGGAAGGAGGCAUUUGAUGCCAGAGGCAAGGAGGGCGACAAGAUUGUACCCAAGUAUGCUGAGACCAACAUGAUUCGUUACUGGGUGUGUGCUAAUCGCAAACAGGNNAUCUUCCUCAAUGCCACAAACGAGAAAGCACUGGACAAGGUAACGCUGGACGACCUCAAAAAAUUUGCUGUUGACAAGGAGUAA